AUGCAUGAUGAGAUGUGGGACGUGAUAACUGAUGGACCCAUCCAGAUACUACAAGUUAAUCCCAAUCGAGUUGCCACCGAUCCAACAUCACCAGAGAUGAUUCCAAAGGAGAAAUCCUUACUUACUACCGAAGAGAGAACUCGAGUAAAUCUCGACAACAUAGCCAAGGAUAUACUCUACAAGGCGCUAGACGAAUCCUUGUUUCCGAGAGUAAGAAAGUGCAAGAAUGCAAAGGAUAUCUGGGAUGUGCUCAUGCUAAUAGGUGAUGGAGACGAACAAGAGAAGGAGAACAAGCUAACCAUUGCCAUGAAGAAAUUUGAAGAUUUCAAACUAAACCCAAAGGAAUCCAUAACUGAAAUGGAAGCUCGGUUCAUAAAGCUAUUGAUGGAGAUAAAUGAUCUUGAUGAGAAUAAGCUAACACAAAAGGAGAUAAGCUUGAAGAUUCUCCGAGGACUGCCCAAAAGCUGGGAAAUGAAAGUAGUAGCCAUGCGUGAUCAUAGAGACCUCAAGACAACGAGUACAACACAGAUCUUCAGUGAUCUGAAGGCUUACGAGUUCGAGAAAGAAGCACUGAAUGAUGAAGAACCUGAAACAAGAAAUAUAGCUCUGGUUGCAAACCAUCAACCUUCAUCAUCAACACCAAGGUCUAACACUAAUCCCUCAUCUGAUUUUUUCACUGAUGAUCAGAUGGCUUUGUUUGAUGAGCACAACUACAAGAAGAAUUCGGGAAAAUAUCACCAUCCGAAGAGUGUGUCAAAUGACGCUGACGAAGAGCCAAGCAAAAACCAAAAGAAUGACAGACGAAGGAAGGCUCUGGCAGUAGAAGAGAAGUCAGGAGAAAAGAACGAAGAAUCAUGCACUUCCAGCUCAAGCUCAGAAAGUGACAGCUCGGAAGAUGAGAAAGGACUUCUUUGUCUUCUUAGUCAAGAGGACUCGGAUGAAGAGAUGUGUUUCAUGGCUAAUGAAGAAGAGGUAACCUCACAAAACCACUCUUCUAAUUACAGUUCCGAAUCCACAUAUCAUGAAAACCCUAGGGAAGCAUUUGAGAAAAUGAUGAAGAGUUUUUAUGGUAUUGAGGAUUCACACUUCAAACUUAAAGAAGAGAAUGCCAAGCUAUUGGCAGAAAGAUAA